UGACAAACAGAACAUUCAUCAGGGUCAAAGGUCACAGGCACGGACAUAGUGAUUUCUAUACUGUGCAAAAUGUGUAUUCUAUUCCCUACCCAUAAACCUAACCCAUAACACAACAUUAUUCAUAAAGUAAAGUGUGUUUGUGUGUUUUAUGGGUGUGUGAAGUGUCUGUUUCAGUCUCAACAUCAGGACUGUGUGUAUGUGUGUAUGUGUAUGUGUGUGUGUGUGUGUGUGUGUGUGAUGUGUUCUGCAGAUGUUGUAUGAACAAUGUGACCCCAGGACACAACUCUCUCUCUCUCUCUUUCUAUUGUGUGUGUUGUGUGAGAGUUCUGAGUCUCACGGUGAGUCUGAAUUCAUGUGUUCAUCUCAUGCUGUUAACACAAAACAAACCUGUUUCCUUACGGAUUCCACUCAUCCUUAAGCACUACACACACACACACACACACAGAUUUGUGUAGGUUAAGAUGAGGAGAUCUGAUCUGAGAUCAGUGUUGAGAUGUUCAGUGUUAAUGAGAUUAUCAGUGACUCUUUAUCUCUGAACGGAAGCGACACAAACACACAAGACACCGACAGAAGAACUCAAGCAGGAGUCAGACAGACCAACACAAUAACUCUACUAUGAUGAAUGAUUCACAACUGUUCGAUUAUACAGGAGAACUAAACCACAGCGAAGAUGAGGAAGAUGAUGAUGAAGAUCCAAACUCAGACAAACCACAUGACUCCUCCUGCGGGAACAUAUCUAUACUGGAGCGUCUGGGGAUAAACAGCACUCUGGAGAUGAAUGAAGAUGAAGUGGAGAGCGCCUUCAUCCGAUUGGCCGUGGGAUGUGGUUGUGAUCAGUACACACUGAACCAGCGGCUACAGGCUGAGCGACACGAGCGUCUGGUGGCAGAAGAGAACUUACAGAGAGAACUGAGACACACCAGAGACGCUCUUCAGGUGUUGUGUGAUCGUCUCACAGAGGUGGACAGCAGAGAGACGGUGUCCCAGAUGAAGAACAGACUGCAGAUGGUGGAGAAGAACAUGGAGAACGUCCUCACGGCAGCUGAAAUGCUGGGAGCUGCACACCAGGAAGCACGUGUGAGUCACGCAGCAGAUGUGAUGUCUGCACACGUCGAGCAUCUGAAGAGACGUCGUAUGACAGACGGUGAAGAGCUUCUGGAGGUCAGGAAACUUCUUCACAGAAGGAAGGGCAGAUUACACAGUGACUCAACAGAUGACCGAGAUGCUUUCUUCAGACUAUCUCAACAGAGCACACGCAGAAGAGUGAGCGUCACGCUACUGCCGACUCCAGCUGAGAUGAUGGAUCUAGAGACUGUGUUCCUGCAGAGCGCCAAAACCAGCGAGGAGUCCGACAGAAGAGCUUGUAUACAGAAACUGAGGAGACAGGAAAUGAUGCGAUCGGAUUCUAUUAAGAGCACCCUGACCUUUGACCCUUCCGCACAGGACUCCGCCCUAAAGCAGGAUGAUGCUGACAAUGCAGUGUUUCCAUGUGUGACACAGGGUUCAUGCCGUCACCGUCCCAAAGAGAGUUCGGGGGAGGAGUCAGUGAGAGGGGAGGAGCCAUCCCUCACAUCCAGCUCUGAACUGUGUGUGACGUCACAUCAGCGCCCUCUGUUGGUCUGGAGCGUCAGCAUGUUGCCACUCGUCUUCUGUCUCAUCAUGCUGACGGCUCUGUGGUUCUGAGCUCCGCUUCUACAGUUUUGAGCAUGAAACAUUACAAUCAACAC